AUGAUGGACCACACGUCGGAGUUAGAGAAAAUUAACGUCAGUGGAAAUGAAAAUGGAAAGAUUGAAACGGAAAAAACUUACAGUGAAGUGGAAUCAAGACAUUCACCUUUUGCUAGACAGGCAUUUAUUUCAACGGGAGCGUUUAUGCUGUCCUUUGGAGCUGGUGCCACAGCUGGCUUCUCAUCCAUCCUAAUACCUCAAUUGAAACACGAUAUGAACAAUCAUAAUUUUAGCACAGAAAUGGAAUCAUGGGUGGCGGCUAUGGCUUCUUUGGCGCUUUUGUUUGGUAACAUGAUAUCAGGAUACCUAAUGGAAAAAAUGGGAAGAAGAGCGUCACAGAUCUUGUUGUCUGUCUUUUACAUUGGAGGAUGGACUAUCAUUGGAUUUGCCGGCAAUAUCCAUUUAAUUUUAUUUGGACGAUUUAUAACAGGAUUUUGUCAAGGAUGGUUAGGUCCAUUAGGCCCUGUUUUUGUUGGAGAGAUAAGUUCACCGGCAUAUAGAGGGUUAUUUUUGGCCGGUUUAUCUUUAAGCAUAGCGUCGGGGGUCUUCAUGUCACAUUUAUUUGGAACAUUUUUACACUGGAGUCACGCUUCUUUCCUUUGUGGAGCCUUCCCUCUAUUAGGAUGUAUAAUUCUUUAUUUUGCACCAGAAUCACCGGCAUGGUUGGCUUCUAAAAAUGAAAUCGAUAGAUGUAUAAAAGCUUUUCAAUGGUAUAGAGGAACCAGCCAAGCUAUGAAAGUGGAACUUGAUAAAAUGAUAGAAGACCAAACUAAGAAGAAGGAAGUGCAAAGUAAAUUGAAAACAUUAACAGCGAAUAUAAAGAAGCCUGAGUUUUGGAAACCCUUGUGUAUAAUGAUUGUGUUUUUCAUAGUGACUCAGUUAUCAGGUAUUAAUGUGGUUUGCGCUUAUGCAACAGAUAUUAUGGAAGUUAUUAUAGGAAACAAUUCUAAUACUUACGCUGCUAUGUUGGCUAUAGAUAUAUUACGAGUGAUUGCCUUGGUUUCAGCCUGUAUUUUACUUAGAAGAAAAGGUAGAAGACCUUUGGCUCUAUUUAGUGGCGUUUUUACUACAUUGUCUUUAGUACUAUUAGCUAUUUAUUUGUAUAUGUUGGAAAAACGGAUCAUAAGACACAUAUCACCGAUAAUUUCUCUCACUUUGAUGGCUAUUUAUGUUUUUGUUUCUAACUUGGGGAUAUCAUUGUUGCCUUGGAAUAUGGUUGGUGAAUUAUUUGCCACUGAAACCAAGGGUUUGGGUUCUGGAAUAAGUGUAAUGAUGACUUCCGUAGCAUUUUUUGGUACAAUUAAAACUGCUCCAGCUAUGUUUAAAAGUUUUGGUCAUCAUGGGACUUAUUUAUUUUAUGGUAUAUCAACAUUAUUUGGAACUAUAUUUUUGUAUUUCUACCUACCGGAAACAAGAGGUAAAACUCUUUUACAAAUAGCUGAAGAAUUUAGAUAUGGAGACAAAGGGAGAAAAAAAGAAACCACUGAAUUGACCAAUGUAUAA